CGGCUAUAUUUGUUGUUCUUUCAAGUAUCAAACCCCAACUAAGCGAACUCUUCCUCACGAAGUGAUUUUCGAAGAAGCCGAAACGGCGGAUCAGAAUGGGAAACCAGAAGCAGAAGUGGACGCAGGAGGAGGAAGAGGCACUUCUGGCUGGCGUACAGAAGCACGGUCCAGGGAAGUGGAAGAACAUUCUCAAGGAUCCUGAAUUCGCUCCGUUUCUCACUCAUCGCUCUAACAUUGACCUCAAGGAUAAAUGGCGUAAUUUGAGUGUCAGUACUGCUUCACAAGGCUCAAAAGAGAAGUCCAGGACUCCCAAAGCUAAAGCUAUUGUUGCUGCCUCAAUUUCUAACAACCAAAACUCUGCUCUUACUAAGUUUAAUGCAUCUGCUGAUGCUGCAGGAGAAGAUCCACCAAACAGCGCCCCACAGGAUGGGAAAAAUGUCCCAAGGUAUCAUACAAUGAUUUUUGAAGCUCUUUCAACCAUAAAAGAUUCAAAUGGAUGCGACAUAGGUACCAUGGUUAACUUUAUUGAGCAAAGGCAUGAGGUGCCACAAAACUUCAGAAGGCAAUUGAGCUCAAAGUUGAGGAGGCUUGUUUCACAAGGAAAGCUCGAAAAGGUUCAGAAUUGCUACAAGGUAAAGAAAGACAAUUCAUUGGCAGUUAAAACUCCUACACCCAAACAAAAGGAUGUCAGGCAACGAAUGUCGCAAUAUACUAUGGGAGGGUUGAUGCCAUCAGGGGAGACGGUGGAAGACGCAGCGAAAGCAGCUGCCUACAAAGUUGCUGAUGCAGAGAACAAAUCUUUCUUAGCUGCGGAAGCUGUGAAGGAGGCAGAGAGAAUUGCAAAGAUGGCUGAAGAUACAGAUUCUAUGCUACAGAUUAUAAAAGAGAUGUAUGAAAAAUGUUCUCGUGGGGAAAUUGUUCUCUUGGCUUAGAUAAAUGGCUUGUUUCUCCAUGCAUCCCAUCAAAAUUCCCCGUCGCAAUCAAAUCAAAUUAAUUUAUAGGUAGAUAUCCAAUAUUUCUCUUGAUGUUCCAAUGAGCUUGUGUUGCUUCCAUUAGAAUUUGGUUAUAACAUACCCAAUUUUCCUAAGCAGAGACGAGAUUAAGUGCAUAUUUGGUU